CUGAAAGCUAAAAUUAUCACCACAGGUCUGGGGUCAGAUUUCAGCAGAGAGGACACAACAUGGAGGACAACUGUUUCUGUUUCUUAUGUUUCUACCGUCUCGGCCCCAUCAGGGUGUCCAUCUAGAAGAGGAGGUCAGAGGUCAGCAUGAUGGGCGUGUCUGCGUGCGUCUCCGUCAGCUCCAUUAAGGCUCUGUGGGAGGGGAAGAUCAGGGCGAGGAAGGAGGAGGAGCACAGAUGGAGGACGGCCAGGGGCGGAGUCAAUGGAAGUUUGCUCGUGGCGGUCUGGGAGGACCGGGCGGUUCUGGCCCGACUCAAACAGAAGCUGCAGACAGAAGACGGACGGCUGGUUCUCCGGAUCGAGCAGGAGGAGUGGAAGUCUUUGCCAGACUGUCUGGUCCAGCUCAGUCAGGUCCAGGAGUGGCAGAUCCACCGGACUGGACUACAGAAGAUCCCUCACUUCAUAUCUAGCUUCCAGAACCUUCUGAUUCUUGAUCUGUCCCGUAACGGGAUCACAGAGAUCCCCAAACAGAUCGGAAAGCUGAUCCGGCUUCGAGAGCUGCUGCUGAGCUACAACAGAGUUCAGUUUGUUCCCGAAGAGCUGAGCUGCUGUGAAAAUCUGGAGAAACUGGAACUUGCCAUGAACCAGGAUGUGGACCACCUGCCAGACCAGUUCAGGAACCUGAAGAAGCUGCAGCACCUGGACCUGUCAAUGAACCUCUUCACCUCCAUUCCAGACUGUAUCAUUGGACUGCCAGCGCUCGAGUGGCUCGAUAUGGGUGGAAACCGACUGCAGCACUUACCUGAGGACAUACACAGGAUGGAGAAGCUGCACACGAUGUGGCUCCAGAGGAACGAGAUCGAGAAGCUCCCAGAAAACAUCAGCAGAAUGUCCAGUCUGGACACGCUGGUCCUCAGCAGCAACAGACUGAGAGACAUCCCCUCUCUGAUGGAUGACAUGUCCAACCUCAGGUUCGUUAACUUCCGGGACAACCCUCUGACUCUGGACGUGACGCUGCCAUGCAGGACGGUGAAGGCUGAGGAUGAUGAAGAUGAUGACAGAGAGAUGUUUGGACGUGAGUUCAUGAAGAUUUAUAUCCAGGAGGCCAGGAAGAGGUCGUACGCUGUGCUCAACAUGCAUCGAUCAACCAUGAUUCUUCAGACCUGACGUGUUGCUGAGCUUCUCCUGCUGCAGCUUUUUAAACCUAAACAACGUUUUAUUGUCACGAUGAAAGAUUCAACUCUGCUGACACUUCAUUAUGAUAAUGAACUUUCACCUUCUGCUGCUGUGAUCCUGUGAUGUGUCAAACGCAUAAACAGGAAAUGGAAAAUUAUUAACAGAAACUUUAUCAAACAUUAAACUCAAUCCAUUAUUUCACAAAAA